ACCGCCAUAAAACAAUAGAAGAAGAACACGAAGGAAAAUUCACACCCGCUUGUUCGCGGAGCUUCCUUCUCUACACCGGCUUAGAAGCUCUGAUAUUCUGUGUGAUUUCACUAAAGUGUCUUGAUUCUUCACACCUCUUAUAAUGAAAUCCAGACGGCGCUCUUUAGGGAAAUCUCCACAGACUCCUGCUGCUACUGGCUCAGAGGCCUUCCUUGCGAGACAAGAAUCUUCACCAUCUGAAUUAUGAGUGCCCGUCGUCAUUUUUCCUUCUCUCCUUUACUGGAGGGGCUGGAUUUGAAUCUGACCAUUCUUCCCUCUUCUCACCUGUCAGUCCGCCCUACUCUCAGUGGUCUCCUUAUUUCACCUUAUUUGCUGACUAUCCCAUGUCCAAAGGGACACACCCCAUUUUCUUCCCCCUACCGCUCUCCCCAAGAUUACGCUCCGACCAGUCCUGUGAAUUAUCAAUAAAAUUACAUAUUACUCAUACUAGGUCCACCUCAUGUUUAUUUCAUGUCAUUUUUAUCCACAACACCACCCCUAUGUGAAAAUGUCCAAAUUGGGCCCAAAGUGUCAAUAUUUUGUGUGGCCACCAUUAUUUUCCAGCACUGCCUUAACCCUCUUGGGCAUGGAGUUCACCAGAGCUUCACAGGUUACCACUGGAGUCCUCUUCCACUCCUCCAUGACGACAUCACGGAGCUGGUAGAUGUUCGAGACCUUGUGCUCCUCCACCUUCUGUUUGAGGAUGCCCCACAGAGGCUCAAUAGGGUUUAGGUCUGGAGACAUGCUUGGCCAGUCUAUCACCUUCACCCUCAGCUUCUUUAGCAAGGCACUGGUCGUCUUGGAGGUGUGUUUGGGGUCGUUAUCGUGCUGGAAUACUGCAUACUGAUCAUGCUCUGCUUCAGUAUGUCACAGUACAUGUUGGCAUUCAUGGUUCCCUCAAUGAACUGUAGCUCCCCAGUGCCGGCAGCACUCAUGCAGCCCCAGAACAUGACACUCCCACCACCAUGCUUGACUGUAGGCAAAACACACUUGUCUUUGUACUCCUCACCUGGUUGCCGGCACACACGCUUGACACCAUCUGAACCAAAUAAGUUUAUCUUGGUCUCAUCAGACCACAGGGCAUGGUUCCAGUAAUCCAUGUCCUUAGUCUGCUUGUCUUCAGCAAACUGUUUGCGGGCUUUCUUGUGCAUCAUCUUUAGAGGAGGCUUCCUUCUGGGACGACAGCCAUGCAGACCAAUUUGAUGCAGUGUGCGGCGUAUGGUCUGAGCACUGACAGGCUGACCCCCCACUCCUUCAACCUCUGCAGCAAUGCUGGCAGCACUCAUACGUCUAUUUCCCAAACACAACCUCUGGAUAUGACGCUGAGCAUGCAUACUCAACUUCUUUGGUCGACCAUGACGUUCUGUUCUGAGUGGAACCUGUCCUGUCCGCUGUAUGGUCUUGGCACUCUUCUUAUAGCCUAGGCCAUCUUUAUGUAGAGCAACAACUCCUUUUUUUUCAUAUCCUCAGAGAGUUCUUUGCCAUGAGGUGCCAUGUUGAAUUUCCAGUGACCAGUAUGAGGGAGUGUGAGAGCGAUGACACCAAUUUUAACAUGCCUGCUCCCCAUUCAUACCUGAGACCUUGUAACACUAACAAGUCACAUGACACCGGGGAGGGAAAAUGGCUAAUUGGGACCAAUAUGUACAUUUUCACUUAGGGGUGUACUCACUUGUUGCCAGCGGUUUAGACAUUAAUGGCUGUGUGGUGAGUUAUUUUGAGGGGACAGCAAAUUUACACUGUUACACAAGCUGUACACUCACUACUUUACAUUGUAGCACAGUGUCCUUUCUUCAGUGUUGUCACGUGAAAAGAUAUCAAAUAUUUACAAAAAUGUGAGGGGUGUACUCACUUUUGUGAGAUACUGUGUGUAUGUAUGUAUGUAUGUAUGUAUAUAUAUAUAUAUAUAUAUGUGUGUGUGUGUAUAUAUAUAUAUAUAUGUGUGUGUAUAUGUAUGUGUGUGUGUGUGUGUGUGUGUGUGUGUGUGUGUGUAAUUUAUUUUAUAGUAUUUAUGCAUUAUUUUUAUGGAUGCACAAAAAGCACCCAAUUAAUCUACAGUCCUACAUUAAUAAUAAAAACUCCCUUUCAAUGCACCUUGUGGUUUUUGUUGCUCAUGGCCUUUAGGAAUAUUAUUUUACUUGUGAUCAUAAUGUUUUAAUUAGACAUUACAGAUGUUACUCCCGCUACACUCUCAGUGCAUCUACACUGCGUGUAAGGAGCAACACGGCCUCGUUACUAACGCAUCAAUUCCGUUAUAAUAAACAACAGAAUUUACACUGCAAGCGUGCAAAUACGGAAUAUAAUGACAAAUUUAAACUAAACUAAAACUUUUUAGCAGCUUGCACCAGUUUCCCCAACCCCUUACACAGAGUGGAGCAUUUUGGAUAUAAACAUAAGUUUCUGCUCGUGCAGCACUGUAUGAUCUCCAUGGUGUUUAGUAUAAAAUGUGCCCCUGCCUUAGAGGACUUGGAGGUUACACACUUUCUUCCUCAUACACGUGACAAGUUCGCCACCGUCUGAUGGUGACUGAGGUCAUGUUGGGAAUAAAGGUAACGCUGACAAAGUAAACUAAAGAAAGUAAUUGUCGGUGACAUUAUCGGGUGUUUGCUAAUACUAGCGUGCGUAUGACGUCAUGUGAUGUCGUGGCUUCUACUUCCGGUUAGUAAAAAAAAAACCCGCUAGUGUUAUAUUUGAGAUGAUAUUACCUUUCUAAAAUCCACACACUAGACAGUAGUGCGGAGUGCAUAGUGGAAGAUUGGUUCAGAAAGAGUCCCUAUUAUGUUGAAAUGAAAAGAUGCGUGCUGUUCUUAUCAGUUAAAUAUUUUUCUGUUUUAAUUGGAAACACUACAAUUUUAUUUUUUUAGAAUGAGCUCUGAAAACAGAGGUGGACACAGGAGGUAUGUGCAUGCUUGGAGAACCACAAGCAGGCUUUGGCCAGCUCUCCAUCUCACCUGGAGAUUAAUCCACAGCAACAGGACCAGAGACGGGCUCCACAGCAGCAACAACGUGACGAAGUUGAUGAGACAUUUGUACUUUUUGAAGAAUGUUGUCUUUUUUUUUUUUUCUUUAGCUACGAUUAUUUAUUGAUUUAUGUGGUUAAUAAUUUAUUAAUUGAUAAUAUUUAUCAAAUUAUUAUUAUUUUUGUUCUGCAUAUGAAUUUGUUAAGAUUACAAAAUAAUUAUUUCGCUUAAUGGUUAUAUAUUAGCUUAGUAAGUGUGGGGGAGGGGGGGAUAAUGACAAAAUGCUGAUGAAUAAAUGCUGUAAAUGUGUUGCUGCUAUAAAUGGUUGCUUGAGGCACAGGUGUGUCUUAUGAGUACAUUUUGAGAUGAUGGGUUGAAUAGAAAUUUCACAACAAAUACCAUUAUAUCUGCAUUAUUUUAAUUGCUUCCAUCAAAAUCAGUUUCCUUUAAAAACAUUUGAAGUUGAAGGCAGGGAAUUAAAUACAGUCCUAUAAUGGUUUUAAAGUAAACAAAUUCGCUUCAUAAAGGAAUGGCUCAAGAAUCGCAUAUCCACCUCUGACCAAAGGAGUGAGAUAUGUUAGAAAUAAAGGUGGAGUUGAGGCUGAAUAAUUGUCAUGGGAGACACGUAAGCAGCCACUUAUGUAUUUUUGAGUUGUGAUUGAAAGGAUUAAAUGAUCAGAUUCCUGACCAUGGUCAUUGGGACAUACUCAACAUGUUCCAACAGUGUUCAGUUAUAACAUUGCCACAAUGAAUAUAGGAAUCACAAGGUUACAUGGCUGGAAUGUUAUUUGGUACGUCAUUGCAACAACUAUGGUUCGGUCCGGUUACAUCUUCACAACAUAACUGUGUUAGCUGGGUUCAGGUAAAUGCUCACACUUUAUGUGGCCUUUAGAUUAUUUAUAAAGGAACUGAUUUCAUUGCAUGUUUCUGUUGUAAAUUCUGAAAUGAUUAGCAGAUUAGCAAAUAAAAAGACAAGCUAACUAAAGUUCAUUAGAUGGAGAUGUGUAACACUUUCUCCACUUGUUAGAUAGUGUUGUGGAAUCUUCUUCAGCAAAAAGCACUCUAAGAAUCUCGGGGUCUUGAUAUCAAAAAAUAGACUUUAUUAUUCAAACAACAAAAGCCGAGCUGGUCUUUAGAUCAACUCCCUAGCUUAUCUUUGAUGCAUGCUUUCACACAAUUCUUAGUUCAAUUUAGAAUUGAAAUACGUUACGUGCUUAUGUACUGAUUAAUAUUUGAUUAUACUCCUUAAGCAUAAGUUUUAAUGGAUUAACUCAUUUAUUGAUUAUAACUAGUUAAUACUCUUUCAUAGCUUAUACUUUGAUUAUACAUGGGUGAAUUACACUUUGAUUGAUUAAAAUAUUCCAUACUUUGAAAUCCAUAUAGCACUGACUUUCAUUAUAUGGCGAAGAAUGGGGUCUUAUUAAGGUUUUAUUUAAAAGGCUUUGUUUGGGGUGGAACGGAAGAUUUGUGCUCAUGCUCAAAACUAAUGUUUUAUAGUUUCUUAGCAAUUUGUAAAAAUAUACAUUAUCAUUCAAAAGUUUUCCGUCAAUGCUGUUUCAGAUAUAACUAUAAAAAACAAGUGUAAUACGAAUCAAGUGUUGUCGACUUAGGUUUCCGAAUAAGACUGUAAACUUUCUGCCACAUUUGGGUAAUAUCCAUAUUUUCAUGUCUUUUUUCUUCAUAACGAUGAACCAGAAAAGAGUGCUACUUAAUGGGUACCAUUUACUCCAGUCCCUUUUUACUUCCACAGUCAAAAAAAAGCCAAUUCUGUGUGCAUACACACAGCCCUAACCCUCACCCAAUUUACAAUAUCAUGUAGGGAUGAUAACGUCAUUAUGCAAUUCCUCUAAAUAAUGUAAAUUAAUGCAAGGUCAAGCAAACUGCAAUAGUUGGAGGAGCUUGCAAUUUUUAAAAAUUUCUGCAGAUUUGGGCCAUGUGACAUCAUCACAACAUGUAUUCAGUCAAAGCCCUCUGCGGUUCACGUGAGUACAACUAAAAGGUCUCAUUUACCAAAAAACAUCACUGAGAAAGACCUUGCAAACAAUUUCACCAAUUAUCCAGUUAUCUCAAAAGAGGCACAUAAAAAAUAUGCAGCUGAACGCUACAGUCCAAUUCCAAGUUGAGACGUUUUGUAAAAUGUAAAUAAAAACAAUACAAUUUGCAAAUCAGAUUUCUGAUUUGCAAAUCAGAAACAUAUGUUAUUUACAAUAGAACUCAGAAAACAUCUGAAAAAAUAAGGUAAUUUUUAGUUUGAUUGCUGCAACACAUCUCAAAAAAGUUGGGACAGGGGCAACAAAAGUGUGGAAAAGUAAGUGUUACUAAAAAAAGAAACAAAAAAAGAAAAUUUUUUACAGCUAAUUAAUUUAACUGCCACUUCUUAGUCCCUCAGAAAUGAAUAUGGGAUGGAAUCUGGAUAGAAACAUAUGUUGCUCUAAAACCUGUAUAUAUGUUUCAGCAUUUAUGGUGCCUUUCCAGUUGUGCAAAUUGUAACAUUACAAAUCUUAAAUUACAAAGCUAUUACAGCCAUUAAAGGUGAGUGAUUGGGUGGUCAAACUGUAUUACAGUAUUAUAGGAGAUGUUUCCAAAAAUAAUUCCAUAAACAGAUGAGGACAAAAUGUAAAAUUAUUUAAGCAUCUUCAAUAAUUUUAUUUUGUUUUCCAGAUGUACCACUGCUCAGAUUGUGGGAAGAGUUUUACUGAAAGUCAUCAUCUCAAAGAUCAUGAGCGCAUUCACACAGGAGAGAAGCCAUAUGACUGCUCCAAGUGUGGGAAGAGUUUUACUAUUCAGAGUCAUCUCCAACGACACCAGUGUAUCCAUACUGGGGAGAAGCCGUAUCACUGUGGACAGUGUGAGAAGAGUUUUACUUGCCAGAGUAAUCUCCAACGACAUGAGCGCAUUCACACAGGAGAGAAGCCGCAUCACUGUGGACAGUGUGGGAAGAGUUUUACCCAACUAUGUGAUCUCCAACGACACCAGCGUAUCCACACAGGGGAGAAGCCGUAUCAUUGUGGACAGUGUGGGAAGAGCUUUACUCGUCAGAGUCAUCUCCAACAGCAUGAGCGCAUUCACACAGGAGAGAAACCGUACUACUGUGGACAGUGUGAGAAGAGUUUUACCCAGCUAUGUGAUCUCCAACGACACCAGCGUAUCCACACAGGGGAGAAGCCAUAUCACUGUGGACAGUGUGGGAAGAGUUUUACUAGACAGAGUGCUCUCCAACGACAUGAGCAUAUUCACACCGGACAGAAACCGUAUUACUGUGGACAGUGUGAGAAGAGUUUUACUUGCCAGAGUGCUCUCCAACGACAUGAGCUCAUUCACACAGGAGAGAAGCCGUAUCACUGUGGACAGUGUGAGAAGAGUUUUACCCAGCUAUGUGAUCUCCAACGACACCAGCGUAUCCACACAGGGGAGAAGCCGUAUCACUGUGGACAGUGUGGGAAGAGUUUUAUUUGUCAGAGUCAUCGCCAACAGCAUGAACGCACUCAUACAGGAGAGAAGCCGUACUACUGUGGACAGUGUGGGAAGAGUUUUACCCAACUAUGUACUCUCCAACAGCAUGAGCGCAUUCACACAGGAGAGAAGCCGUAUUACUGUGAACAGUGUGGGAAGAGUUUUACUGGUCAGAGUACUCUCCAACGACACCAGCGUAUCCACACAGGGGAGAAGCCGUAUCAUUGUGGACAGUGUGGGAAGAGUUUUACUCAUCAGAGUAAUCUCCAACGACAUGAGCGCAUUCACACAGGAGAGAAGCUGUAUCACUGUGGACAGUGUGAGAAGAGUUUUACUUGCCAGCAUAAUCUCCAACAGCAUGAGCGCAUUCACACAGGACAGAAGCCGUAUUACUGUGGACAGUGUGAGAAGAGUUUUGCUUGCCAGAGUACUCUCCAACAACAUGAGCGUAUUCACACAGGACAGAAGCCAUAUCACUGUGGACAGUGUGGGAAGAGUUUUACUCGUCAGAGUCAUCUCAAACGACAUGAGCGCAUUCACACAGGAGAGAAACCGUAUCACUGCUCGCAGUGUGGGAAAUGUUUUCGUGACCAGAGGGCCCUCCACGGCCACCAGCAGAGUCAUACAGGACAGAAUCCAUACCUCUGCAGACAAUGUGGGCGGAGAUAUACUAAUUCAAGUUCAUUAAUGACACACAAGUGCUCAAACAUAAAGCCAUCAGAUUUAGCCAUGUGAAUUUGUCAAAUUAAGAUAUAUAUUUAAAUUUUUUAAAGUGAGGUAGAGAGACCUUCAGGCAUAAAACUAUAAUAUUAUUUUAUUUGUAAUGGAAUCUACUAUUCUGUUGCAUGGGAUUUUAUUGCUUACUCUCUGGGUUUUAGCAAAAUUCAUGAUUUUAUUUUGUUUUCCUGUUUUUCCCCAAACACUUCAAUAGCAAGCAUGGAAUACACAUAUUUAACCAGUGGGAAUGCCCACUUUAAUUGACCAAUCCAGACCUCUGAGUCAGACACAUGACUUUGACCUCUCCCUCUAACACAACACUUUUCAUUUUAAAUGAUUUUUAAAUGCGAGCUAGAAUUUGCUAUCUAAAAUGUCGCAUUGUGGAUUCUAUCGAACUGAACACCUUUCCAAGCCAACAGAAGAGGGUUUUGUUUACAGACAAUUUGGAAAGGUAAUUCUUGUCCAACUUGCUCUGUCUUUGAAGCAUCCAUUUAACUAUAGCUAACUACACUGUAUGGCCUGACCACCACACCCAUAUAUGCCUUUUGAACAUCCUCUGAUGAACGGCAUCCAAUCCAUGGUCCCUUGAGCCCAGUGUUCCUGAUAUAGUUUUCAGCUUUACUGCAACCCUGACCAGGAUAACACAGUUACACAGUAAGAUCAGUGAAUGGAUUUUUAUUGUAUAUAUGUUCCUUUAAGAAGUAAGAAAAUGUUUGUAUGACUAUUAAGAGAGUACAUCACCAGGGGUCUGGGUUUUAUGACCCCUUCACUUUAGUAAAUCACGUUUAAUAAUCCACCAAGUUUAUACUUUCCUUAUUAAUCAACAAAAAUUCUCCAUAAUGCAAAUCAUAAGUGGGUUUUCUCAUAGUUGUGUAAUUUCCUAUUGAAAAUGUGAAAUGCUACAUUCAUAAAUCUUCAGAUGCUUUGCUUUGACACUCAGAUUAGCUCAUGUAUAUUAAUCAUCCUUCAUGUUUCUCCAACUUGAAUAAAGUUUACAUGUGGGA